AUGGCAGGCUCUCGGCACCUGGUGUCCGUGCGCGCAGCGGCCCUGGUGCAGACAGGGCGGCUUCAGACGUUCGCCUUCUCCGUGUGCUGGUCGGACGGCAGCGACACCUUCGUGCGAAGGAGCUGGGCUGAGUUCAAGGAGCUCCAUAAGACCCUCAAGGAGGCGUUCCCGGUGGAGGCGGGCCUGCUGCGCAGAUCCGACCGCAUUCUCCCCAAGCUCCCCGACACAUCGCUGUUGGUGCGCGGGGGGCGCACGGGCCGUGGCCUGGCGCGCCUGCGGCUGCUGGACACCUACACUCGGGCGCUGCUGGCCGCAGCAGAGCAGCUGUCCCGGAGCGCGGUGCUCACCCGCUUCUUUGAGCCGCAACCCGUGGACCUGGAGCCGGUGCUACCACCUGGCAGUCUGGUGAUCCUGCCCACUCCUGAAGAGCCCCACUGCCGCCCGCCACACAGCCCUGCCAUCCGUAGCCUGGAGGCUCAGAGCCUGCGCUGCCUGCAGCCCUUCAGCACCCAGGACACGCAGGGUUGGCCUUUCCAUGCACGGGCCCAGGAGGUCCUAGACGUGCUGCUGCGACACCCGUCAGGCUGGUGGCUGGUGGCAAAUGAAGAGCAGCAAAUGGCGUGGUUUCCUGCUCCCUACCUAGAGGAAGCAGCCCCAGGCCGAGAAAGGACGACCCUACGUAGUAGUGGGUCCCAGUUCUGUGCUUCCCAAGCCUAUGAGAGCAUCCACGCAGAUGAGCUGUCAGUGCCUGCAGGGGCACGGGUGAGCGUGCUGGAAACUUCUGAUCGAGGCUGGUGGCUCUGCAGGUUCCGUGGCCGCUCUGGCCUCCUGCCCGCUGUGCUGCUGCAACCCGAGGGGCUGGGUGCACUCCUGAGUGGACCAGGGCUCCACCACGAGGCCGACAGCGAGGACAGGGGUGGAGAGGCCCAGCGCACCCCUGAAGGCUGCCAGGCCACAACCCUUUCCCCCUCAGUGCCCGCCCGCCCCCCGCUGAGUGCCAUUCGCAGCCGCUGCUGCUCGGUCACCCGCAGGGCCCUGGCCAGCAAGUACCCCCCGAGGGCAGGCCAGGAGCUCCAGCCCCCAGGGGCGACGGAUGCCAGUGAGGCUGGGGGAGGAGUGUCGGAGGGUGACACCCUCUGGACAGCAGGGCCAGGAAAGCACACACUCCCGCUUCCUGAGUAA